UUUUUUCUAUUGUGGCUGUUUUAAGGGAGCGCAGCUUAUUCUUUUUUAUUAAUUCCAAUGCAAUUAUUUCGUGCGUUCGUAUAAACAAAUUUAAUCACAAAAUAAUAUUCGUUUAAGCUUAAAUGUGUAUUGUAAACGUGCGGUACUGCUCAACUAUGCAGUUAUAGUAACGCCUAGCAUAAGCACUUGGCGUGGGUUCCAUAGUUUUUCCAAUAAAAUCUUGUUUCCCUUAUUCGUACAUUCAAUUGCACUGCUCUUCAAUCGUUGCUUUAGACAUAUACACAUAAAUAUAUAAUAAAAGGAAAAAUUCAAAUAUCACAUUCGCCGAAAAUGUCUGUUGACGGCAGUGUACUCCCAUCGGAACUAUUGGUUGCACCUCAACCACUUAUUGGCUUCUGUGGCUUAGAAACAACUCACAAUCUUGUGCACAAAGCCGUAUGGGAUGCGUUUAGUGCUAAUAGGAAAACUGAUAAAGCUUCUGUGCAAUUCAAACUUCUACCAUCUGCUUAUGAGUUUCCAGUUGCAAAACCGAAACGUGCUUCCUACGAAUGGUACCAAUCCAAGGGUAUACUUAAACGCAAUUGGAUGCUUAAACAUUUGCAUGUACUGCCAGCAGUGGUGGUUUUGUUCCAAGAUAUGGAAUGGAAUGACCCUCAGUGGUCUGAAAAGCAGGUGCAGUGUGCGUCCACAAUACAAAGUCUCAAAAGUGCAUUACAGGAACGCAACACCCGCUUGUGUCUCGUACUGUUGCAGAAAUCGUCUCCCCUGCCACCAGGUGAAGAUUUGUUAGCAUCCGAACGUGCCGCUAGUUUAACUACCGCCUGUGGUAUCAAUAGUAAAAUGUUAUUCAUUCUGCCGCAUACGGAGCAUUUAAUGGGCUAUACAUUGCGUUUGGAAUCUGCUUUCCUGGACAUGGCUCAAUCCUAUUAUGCACUCAUGUCAAAACGUAUUCGCGCACAUCGUGACCAAUUGACAACUGCACACACCAACCUCAAAAUACGCCAUCAGUUUAAGUUAGGUUUUGUUGCCGAAAUAAGACAAGAUUUUAGUACUGCAUUAAAACAUUAUACUCAGGCCUAUGCCACACUGGAUGAGAUACGUAUCACCGACGCCAAUUGCCUUGAAAUGAAAACUAUAGCCGGAUUCCUGAAUUACAAACUAUGUCGUUUAAUGUUUAAAUUAAAGGUGCCACGUGAUGCAAUCAACCAUUUUAUAAGUCAUAUAGAGAAAUAUAAAAAUCGAGUAGGCUUUAAAGAUUUAAUAUUCGAACACUAUGCUUGGUUAAGUACGCAGCAUAGUGUUUUUGCGGAACUUUUUUGCGAGGCAAUUAAAAAUGGGCUACCUGCAUUACAAACCCAAAACCCUGGCAUUUAUUAUUACAAAGCUGCGGAAUUUGUAAUGAAACGAAAAGAAGCUUUUCUGCAAAGCAACGCUAUGUUACUAAGUCCUACCGACCCAACUGGACCAUCUGCAUUGCAAAACAACAAUUCAGUGGCAUUAUACACCGAAUUCUUUGGCAUACGUGCUGUCAAAACAGGCGAUCCAGUUUCAGAGCAACAAACCAAUAUGCUUAUACGGGAAAAUGAGAAAUCGUUCAAUCACUCGAAUGCAAUAAUAAAUUUGCUUAGCCUAGCACGAGCACAGUUCAAAAUCUACAAAUGCCCACGAUUUCGAAAUAAACUCGCUAUCGACAUGGCCGAGGAAUAUUACAAAAGUGGUGAUCAUGCGAAUGCGUUAACUCUUUACUCGGUUAUGCUGACGGAUUAUCGACGCGAACAAUGGUCCUCUAUAUUCUCAGAUGUUUUACUGAAAACAUUGCGUUGCGCCUUUUUAUCAGCUUCGAUUACCGACUUUAUAACUUGUAGUAUUGAGGCACUGUCAUUGCGAGUGCGCUGCGAACAAAAAGAGCGAAUCAUCGUCCUUGAAAAUCUGUGGAAAGUGUUUAAAGGUGCCUCGCCAAUAUCUCACGGUCAAAGUGCACCUGAAAUUAUAGAGCGCUGGGACAAUGCUUUCCCUGCCGUAAAGUCACCAAUUACUAUAGAUUUGGAUAAGUUAACAAAGCUGAUGGAAAUGUACGUCAGCUUCGAACAUUUAGAAUUGAAGAACGACGAGACUAUUAACGUUAAACUAAUUAUCAAGUUGCUUACAGAUGUGCCCAUUAAAAUACACCACUGUGCCAUUAUUCUCACAGACGGCACUAACUUUUACAAGUUACCAGUUAAUAGGUGUCAAUCAUUCCAGAGUUUGCACAAAAUGCAUGAGAAUCAAAAGAACAACCAGCAACCAGAAGUUGCACUUCAACACUUUGAUCCAGACUUGAAACUAGAACCCCAUUUGUAUUAUCAUCUGCAUUUCCAUACAGAAGCUUGUCAAUUUUUGGAAAACACACAGUUGCGUGUUGCACGAAUCGAAGCUCAAAUGGGUUCUGAAAAAUUGGGUGUUCAGUUCACAAAAUCAGCAAUUUUCACACGCAAUCCCUUCCGUCAUUAUACGCGCAGUAGAGAUCUCGAUGAUAAUAUAGAAAUCAAUCCGCUAUGCUAUAUUACUCCUACAUUCCAUUUAAACACACAAUGCAACCUUGGCAAAGAAACACAUAUGUUAGUAAACGAAUACUAUCCGAUAGCGACAACAAUAAAUAAUCCGCACAAUAUUUUCCUGCAAAAUGUUAGCCUCAACAUUAGUGUACCGAAUAAUCUACGCAACCAAGUAUUCCUUACUACAGAUUUGUCGUCUGGGCGGCAGAAGAUUCAUUCACAUAUUCAAAUCGACACCGGCGAAUUAUCCAUGCAAAGUUCGAAUUCGGUACUAUAUUAUGUAUUCAGUUUGGUAGAGGCACCAAUAGUGCUUCAACAAAAGACUUCCUACGUCAUUGACAUCCAGCGACCUAAAGUCGCAACCACAAUGACGCUGAUUGAUAGUGGCACAACUGGUAGCGUCGAAAACUCGCCAGAGAACAUUCGAAAUUUCGUUCCGCCUGCUGAUAUCAGACCAAUUACAGUCUCACCACCAGUCAAUAUUGAGUUCCUCGACGAAAGCCGACUGCGCAAAACACGCGAAGAUACAAUCAAUAUUAAAUGCGAUAUGGACUUUCGAUUCUCAGCACGUUUCUACACGCUCAGCAAACGACGGCUUCUGAAGGUUUAUCGAGGUGAAAAUUUUCUACUGCGUGCAAACAUCGAGGUGCGCUCACCUGUCGAUGUUGACAUACUCGAAACAUAUUUUAUCUGCGACCACAACUUGGUGCAAUCCACCUACACUUUUAAGAGGAAAAAAUUUACACAAACCUACCGUUGUCGGGAUAAGCUAGAGGAUGUAAUUGUACUCCGUACAAAUGCUGCAUCGAACGACUGGUCAACUGCUAAGGAUUUCGAUCGCACCAAAAAUGGUGAGGUGCACGGUGAGCUGUUCAAUCGUUCGCGACGCGCGCGAAAACCAAAUACUGUGGCGAAAACUGUCAAUCAAGAUGCAAUCGUAAGUGAUGCGAUUGAUGCCGGCGCCAAUGCACACAUGAACAAGCAUCUAAUGGGCAAAAUACCGAACAACAUGACAAUAAUAAGCAAUAACGCCGGUUCCACGAACUCACUGCUGAUGGCUAUAAACUCCAAUUCCUCGAUGACUGCGUCCGGGACUUCAUUUGAUGAAAAACCGACUUUGGGCACGAUUACGGACAUUGCAGAUAAUGUUGAUAGCUCUACGCAAUCAACAAUGGUGACAACAGUGACAGCGGCGACGCCGGCGGCAGUGGCACGUGCUGCAAAUACGCGUUUAGUAUUUAACAAAGCAAUAGAAGCCAUUCAAGCCACCGGCCAUUGUCGUGGUUUCUUCAAACGAAUAGUAACAACUGAACCGGAAGCGCCGUCAACAGCACAGCAACAUCCACAUUUCGGUGUGUAUUGUAUAAGAUGGCGGCGUAGUGGGCAUAAAGAUGAAAACGAAUCAAAAUUCCUCAUCCAUGGUUUGGAGAUAGACGAGCCGCCUUUGAAUAUUUACUGCACUAUUGACGAGAAAAUGUUUGUAAAAAUGCCUAUGACUUACAAGGUUGUCUUGCGAAAUCCCACCUCCAAUAUUCUGCAUUUGGUAGCGACACUUAGCAUAAGCAUAGCGGAUAAUUUUAUUUGCUCGGGACAUAAGCAACUUGAUGUUUCCAUAUAUGCCUAUAGUGAAAAAGAGCUGGUCUACAAUCUAUACCCGCUAUGUGUUGGUUGGGUGAAUUUGCCCGAAUUAACAUUGGAAUACAAUACGAAGGCCGACCCUUGCAAAGAUGACGCGCAUAACAACGUUCUCAGCGAAUUAGUGCAACGCUCCAUACCGAAGAAGGUGUUUGUAUUGCCACCACUAAAGCAGCAGCUUAAAUAAACUUCGAUUACAGUGUAAUGAUGAGUGUUCAGCCCAAAGGUAUGGCUGCUGAAUAUUUUGGAUAAAUAGUUUCAAAAUGCCGAAGUUGAGGAGUUUAGAUAUUUGUACCAAACAGAGAGUUUGAUAUUCCCAAAAAAGUUGGAACAUAUUCAUCCUUGAAGAAAUUUGUAAAAAUAUAGACGUUAUUGAAGUUUAGUAAUUCUAAAGCAAUUUUACUGUAAUGCCUCUUAAAAUGUUAAAUUAAAUAUUACACAAAGCGUACAUACUUAGAUAACAUUAAAUAGACAUGUCGUCUGUCAGUAUAUUUUACAUGCCUUCAUAGCAUUAUAUUACUUCGUUUUUAAGUUGUUUUUUUUGUGAAAGGGUAAUAUAUAUUGCAUAAAGUGUGCUAAUACAUUAGUAAUUAUAGUAGCUUUAAAGGAUAUGGUACACUCGUUCGUACUAGCAUAAUAAUGUUGUGUAAAAUUAAUUAAUUUAAAUUGUAUCUGUGUUAAACAAACCCCAAUUCACAUUAUUAAAACUACAAUAAAUAAAAGCGUUGCAUUUUACUGCACUUGAUAA